AUGGACCACAAACGAGAACGAGACCGCCUUGUCGCGGCGCUGCGGCUUAAACUAACUCAGCUUGAUGCCCGUGUCGUGGCCUACCGCCGCGAACGUGCCGACGAAUUCCGCCGCUACGCCGUCGACCUGCUAACGCCUGUUGCUGACGAGGCUGUUGUCGCGGCCGUCGCUGAAGCCAUUGAAGGCAGCCCCGGUGGCGACCUCAAAAGCGCGACCGAUGGCAAGGUGGCACAGUCCUACCCGGCGCUCUAUGCUGGAUUUCUUGACAAUGCCGGCGACGAUGCCGGCGACCACAACCGCUCCAUUCUGGCGCCUCCACCCCACGCCCGCUCUCUGCCGCGCCGCUCCGCCUCACCACCCCCCGUCCUCUACCACACAUCCGGCGUGCCCAAGGAGGGCCCGAGACGACCACCGACAGGCCCCGCCGAGGCUUCGCCUUCGCUGCGUGCGCAUGACGACGACUUCCGAGGCGUCUUCACGCCACCCUUCCUUCCCUUGUUGGAUAGCUGGUCCUACGACCGUCGGUCUAGCGAUGCGAACACGCAACGUGAUCAGACCGAGACUGCCCACGGCAGUGCUGCUGUGGCCGAUGAUUCCGCGACUCCCGAGGCUGCGACUGCCAAGGUGGAAGCAGACGACGGGGCUACUGAGGCGACAGCAGCCGGCACCGUUGCGGCGGGCGCUGCUGCUGCUGCAACACCACCCCAGCCGUCUACGCCAGCCUCGGAGCCGAAAUUAAGGAGUGCGCUGCGCAGAACCUCGAGCUAUUCGUCGUCGCGCUCUUCCACGCGCUCAAACACACCCACUUUUAAUACGCCCGCAAACGCCGACAGCCCGUCGGACACCCGCCACGUGCGAUUUUCGUUCAACGGCGAAGAGGUGCUCCCGACGUCGUCGCCACCAAGGGACCACGAGCAGGAUCUGUCGUGGUUGAUGCACGACGACCGGAGUGGCCAUGACGCGGGGCAUUCCAUGAAUGUAUAUGACUACAGUCGCCAUUACCAAAAUGCAGCGGCCGGUUCAAGCGCGUUUUCAAGUGGACUGGGCUCUGCGCACGGGAGUUUGGGGUUGGGCGCGACAGCCCUGUCAACGCCCCUGUCUCAUUCGUCGCUGCCUGGAAACGAGGCUGAGACAGGAGCCGCUGGACCACCAUUUGAAUCGACAUCCUCUUCAGCGGUCCAGAUCCUUGACGACGACGAAGAAGAGUUUGUGCCGCUGUCGCGCAAGGUGUCUUCCUCUGACCGCCUGCGCGCUCUCUCCAAAAUGUCCCUCGAAGACCCGGCCAACUGGACCGUCGUUGAUCCACAGGCGGAUGCCGCUGCGGCUGAGGCUGCCGCGGCUGCGGCUGCAGCCGGCAGCAACUCGGCGGGCAGCAGUGCGCGCGCAUCCGACGCCGAAUUCUCUGCGGCCACCGAAGCCAACCGUAAUCUAGCGUACCAACCGGCGGGAGUACAGCGCGAACAAGCGUCGUCACCGCCGACAGUGGAACAACGCGAGUACGCCCCGAGCCCCAGCUAUGGAAAUAGCGCUGGUGCCGACAACAGCUACAACAGUUACAAUAGCUACAACAGCGAGUCCAGCAGCGACGGUGACGAUGGAUUUAUUGCUAUGCGCGCGUCGCGCGGAAAGACGACGCGGCCGCUCGCUCCAGCCGCGUCGACAGCACCAGCAUCGACUACGACUGCCAAUGGCAGGACACCGGAGAGCAGUAGCGACAACAGUACUCGUCCGAAGCAUAGCACAUCGCGGAACGAGGCCAUUCAAGUCACGUACGCUGCUCCCAACGGUGCUAGUCGUAAAAACGCGGUUGCUGCAGAAGACGACGACUUUUUUGGCUUCGAACCGGACGACGUGAACGGCGAAGACGACGACGGUACUGUGGGCUAUCCACUGGCUCGCGUGACAGACGUCAACACCCACUUUGGCGAGGAGGAGGAAGACGAGGAUGCGGAAGACGAGGAGGCCAACGAUGAUGGCACCGUGGAGCACCAAGGUGACGAUGCGCCCGUUGUUAACGACAAGGAUCUCGUCCAAGCAGAAAAAACUGCGCUGGGCAUCGGCACCGACGGCCUCGACUCCAACCAUCUCGCCUUCAACCGGUCCAAGCCGAUUGCCAACCGCGACGGUGGGGAUGGAGAGUCAGCACUCGCGUCGUCCCUGUCGGCAGCCCGGCGGAAUGGCCAGCUGGACGGCGAAUCGGGACCAGAGCCGCCGUCAUCCCCAGGUCCUGCGUCCAUCUCCGUUGGAUCGUAUCGUGGCAAGCCCAUCGACCUUUUCAAUGUUGUCAAGGAUCCCCGCGUCCUGCAGCAGGCUGCCCAAAUGGGUGCCCUCAACUCCAUUUACGGCAGUAUCCACGACCACGAGCCUCAUGCACCCGCUAACAUGGCCGAGUUCUCGAGCCUGAGCGGCCGCGAGCAGCUCAACCUCUUGUCCGGCACGCCGCGCAGCCUGACGGAGCGCAUGAUUAUGGAUGACACGCGUGCCAUUUUCUCGCCGCCCAAGCGUUGA